GUGGGUCCCGUGGCAUCCCUUCCAGGUGGGCCCUGCUGUUGUCUGUGUGCGGUUAGAUUGUUGCUCUUCAUUUCAUUCCCCGUGCGCUGUACUGUUCCACCGGAGGCAGCGUCAUCUUCACCUGCUACGUGCUGACUUUGCAACGGAUGAUGCUGUUCACCGGGCAUUUGAAAUUGAUCUCGUGGCAGUCGAUGAUCUCAGCCGUUAAUUCCCAAGAAGGGGGAGUUUGGGCCUAAAAGGACUACCUAUAUCAGAUUGGCGAUGACCUUUUUGGUCGAAAGGGAUGAGCUGGGCUUCAGCCCACUGCGAACGGCGAGGAAAAACUGAGCUUGGGCCGGGCUCGGGCCAUUUUAGCCUGGACGAGGUCUGCUGCUGCUGGCAAGCAAAGUGAGAAGAGAAUGGAAAGCAGCUAGGAAUCCGACAAGCAACCAAGCACGGAAACGGAAACUGGCUGCAGACCGGAGAGGGAGGCAGAGGCUGGAGGCUGCUGCCCAGGCUGGCUGGCUGGCUCUGAAACCCACGCAUCCCAUCCCUCCUCUCCUCGCUCCCUACUCCCCCUAGCUGCCCCGCGCCGCCCGGCGAUGUCGUCGUCGUCCUCGGCCCUGGCCAAGGGCAAGUCCGCAGUCGGAUCUUCGUCCGGAUCUGCCAAAUUCGAGGCUAAAGGGAAAUCCUCAGCAGCAUCCGCCUCCGCCAAGCGAGCAACCACCACCAGGGGCAGAGGGAAGGCCGAGAAGAAGGUCUACUCGCUGCCCGGCCAGAAGUUCGAUCCUCCGGAGGAGAGGGAGCCUCUCAGGAUAUUCUACGAGUCCUUGUCCAAGCAGAUCCCCUCCAGCGAGAUGGCUGAAUUCUGGUUAAUGGAGCAUGGUUUGUUGUCUCCGGAGAGAGCAAAGAAAGCAUAUGAAAGGAAGCAAAAGCGGCAGCAGCAAGUGCGAAUGGGUACCCCGAUUAAGCCUAGCGGAAGAAAAGACAGACCAGCUGAAAGUUCAAAGAAACCAGCCGCAUGGAGCAAUAUGACCUUGAAGGCAAAGAAAAGAGUUGAUUACAGUGACGACGAUAACGAUUUCAUUGUGAAGAUGAAGAGAUCCAGGGGAUGACAGUUUGACAGAUGAGGUGGAUACAUUUACUUUAGUUUCUAGAUACCAACAAAGACAUUCUUUAUUUAGGAUACAUCUGUAUGGUGGAAUAAAUACUAUGUAUUUGGCAGCAUACUGUAAGUGUUUAUUUAUUUUCAAAACAGAUAGGCGGUUAAUUCGUCA